UAUCUUAUCUCAUUUUUGGUGAUAUUUUUCUCUCUCCUCUCUCGUGGGCUGAAAAAGAGAGACAGGUAGAGGGAGAAAGUGAGCUGCUAUAAGAUCUGGCAACAGAGAGAGAGAGGGAGAGAGAGAGAGGGAGAGGAGAGAGAGACUUGUGAGUGAGAGAGAAGAUACAGUUGUUCCAUUCUCUUGCAUCCUUCUCCUCCUCUUGGCUGUGCAAGCUUCGUUCCGUUCCUGCUGAAUUUCCUUUGAAAGGAGAGGACUUUGCUGCGAUUUGGACCAGAAUCAGAGAAAUGGUGAUCUUCCGCUGCCGAAGCUGAGUUUUUUAAGGGGAAAGGAGAGGCUUUUGAAGGCUUCCUUGAUCUGAAUUGUAGUUGAAAGUGUUUCUUUCUUGAAAUUGUGAAGUGGGUUUGAGAGGGUUGAGUCGAAUUUGAGAGAAAGAGCUUUUUCACCAGGUUCUCACAAGAAAGGAAUCGGCCGACCACAACAAAACAAUGAAUUUACUUGCUGAAAGAAUCUCUUUGCAGACACAACAUUCUCUGAAACCAACAACCCAGCUGCCCCAAUCCGUGCUAUUGUUUGGAAAAUCAACAAAGGAAUCAUCAUCAUCAACGACACCACCGCCAACAGCUAUGAAGGACACCGAGAAAUGCUUGGAUUCUCAACUCUGGCAUGCUUGCGCCGGAGGAAUGGUUCAGAUGCCAUCAGUGAACUCCAAAGUUUACUAUUUCCCUCAGGGCCAUGCUGAGCAUGCUCAAUCUCCUGUAGAUUUUGGCAAUUCUAUUAGAGUCCCGGCCUUCGUCCCCUCUCGGGUAACCUCAGUCAAGUUCAUGGCUGAUCCCGAGACCGAUGAGGUCUUUGCCAAGAUCCGCCUCGUCCCUGUUCCUCAAAAUGAGAUGGAUUUUGGUGAAGAUGAAGGACUUGGCAUUGGUUGCAAUGGAUCCGCUGAAUUGCAAGAAAAACCCGCAUCUUUCGCAAAGACUUUAACUCAAUCUGAUGCAAACAACGGCGGAGGGUUCUCCGUUCCACGUUAUUGUGCUGAGACAAUCUUCCCUAGAUUGGAUUACUCGGCUGAUCCCCCCGUCCAAACCGUUCUUGCCAAGGAUGUCCAUGGAGAGGUCUGGAAGUUUAGGCAUAUUUACAGAGGUACACCUCGGAGGCACUUGCUUACUACUGGAUGGAGCACUUUCGUUAACCAGAAGAAGCUCGUGGCUGGGGAUUCGAUUGUGUUCCUCAGAACGGAGAGCGGGGACCUGUGUGUGGGUAUUCGAAGGGCUAAGAGAGGGAUCGGCACUGGUCAUGAGCAGCCUUCGGGGUGGAAUCCGCCGAUGUCUGCGGCUUAUGGGGGGUUCUCGGUUUUUCUGAGGGAGGAGGAGAAUAAGCUUAUGAGGGGUAAUGGCAAUGGGGGUAAUGUGAGGGGAAAGGGUAGGGUGAGGGCUGAGUCAGUGAUUGAGGCAGUAAGACUUGCUUCAAGUGGGCAGCCUUUUGAGGUUGUGUACUACCCUAGGGCCAGCACACCGGAGUUCUGUGUGAAGGCAGCAGCGGUGAGAGCGGCGAUGAGGGUUCAGUGGUGUCCCGGGAUGAGAUUCAAGAUGGCUUUUGAGACCGAGGACUCAUCAAGGAUCAGUUGGUUCAUGGGCACUAUUUCCGCAGUUCAAGCUGCAGAUCCUAUACGGUGGCCUAAUUCUCCUUGGAGGCUUCUUCAGGUGUCAUGGGACGAGCCUGACCUCCUCCAGAACGUAAAGCGCGUGAGCCCAUGGCUAGUAGAACUGGUCUCAAACAUGCCCGCAAUCCAUUUAGCCCCUUUUUCCCCUCCAAGAAAAAAAUUACGCAUCCCCGACUUCCCUCUAGAUACUCACCAAAUCCCGACCCCACCCUUUUCAAACAACCCUCAUGGGCCCGUAGGCAUACAGGGAGCCAGGCAUGCUCAAUAUGGCAUAUCUCUUUCAGAUCUUCACCUCAACCAUCUUCAUUCCGGGUUUUUUCACAGGGGCAUCCACCACCAUCAUCCACCAACAAAAUUUACCACCAGCCUCUUUGUUACUAACCCUUCUGUCGAUGAGGACAUCUCUUGUUUGUUGACCAUUGGAACUCCUUCUACAAAGAAGACUUCUCAGUUGGUGCUCUUUGGGAAGCCGAUACUCACUGAGGAGCAGAUUUCUCUUAGUGGUUCUGGUAACAGUUCAUCAGAAGGAAAUAAUGAGAAUGUGGGAGAUAAUUCUCCUUGGCUUAGAGAUCAUCAAGCAGUAGAGUUAGGUUUGGAGUCUGGGCACGUUAAGGUGUUCAUGGAGUCAGAUGAUGUUGGCCGUAAUCUUGAUCUCUCGGUUUUUGGGUCUUAUGAGGAGUUGUAUGGGAAGCUCGCAGACAUGUUUGGGAUUGAGAAGUCGGAGAUGAUGAGCCAUGUUCUUUACCGUGAUGCGACUGGUGCUGUUAAACACACUGGAGAUGCACCUUUCAGUGAGUUCAUGAAGACGGCAAGGAGGUUGACGAUACUAAUGGAUUCAGGCAGCAAUAACAUAGGAAAUCAGUAGGAAAAGAAAAUGAGGUCUAUGUCAAAUGUACAGUCGAACGAGCUCAGUUAUUUUGUUCUCAAUGCCAACUUUUUUAUCCCGAACCCUUCGUUUUGUUUUUGUUUCUUUCAUCAGUUUCUGAAUGUUAGGUCUUUAUAAGAGAGCUCCUCUGUAUGCCAAACUCCUUACAGAGGCUUCUUGAACUUAAAUCUUCUCAAUUACAAGGUUCAAUUUCAGAAAGUAGGCAAUAUAUAUGUUACAUCUUUCUUUCUUUC